ACUCAAAUUUGAGAGCUUAAAAGAAAAAAGGGGUCAAACUUAUUUUUCCAUGCAGAAAUAAAAUUUUAGUUAGAAAUCGCUUUUUGAACCCCAAAUUUGGAUUUGAACACCGUCACCUCGGCUCGGCUCGAUUAUACAUGUUGACUCUUUCCUCCUUCUCUCUCUCCACACGCUGUUACCUUUCUCAUUGAUUCAUGUUUUAACGAUAUAAAGCCAGAAACGGCCAUGAAUUUCUGUUUGGUUCCUUACAUUCAUUGAAUUAUCUCCUUAUCUUCUGCUUCCUGAUUACUGCCAUUUAUAUGUGAAUUCGUGCCCGUUAAACCUUGUGAUAUUGAUCUUUCGACGUCAUGUAUAUAACGGCCUCAUCUUCACCUUCUUCAUCUCUCUUAAGAGCUGCUUCCGCUUACUCUCCAACUCGCUUCUUUCGUUCUUCCUUUCGGAAUCUCACUUCCACCAAUCAGGCCUCUCUUUCUGUUAUCAACCACCACCGACGAUCUCUUACCUCCGCCGCCGUUCGCUCCUUCCACUGCUCUGUUCCGCGGUGGAGUCACCGUCUCGAUUGGAGAUCUCCUCUUAACCUCCGUUCUGAGAUCAGAGCGUUUAACCCCAUCAUUGAACAGUUGCAGAGGAAGUUUGCUACCAUGGCCGCUGAACAUCCGUUUAAGGCAGUUUUGACAAGUCUUCCCAGGCCUGGUGGCGGUGAGUUUGGAAAGUUCUAUAGCUUGCCUGCGCUCAACGACCCAAGGAUUGAUAAACUGCCUUACUCUAUCCGAAUCUUGCUUGAAUCUGCAAUUCGUAAUUGUGAUAACUUCCAAGUAAAGAAGGAAGAUGUUGAGAAAAUAAUUGAUUGGGAAAAUACAGCACCAAAGCAAGUCGAGAUCCCCUUCAAGCCUGCUCGUGUUCUCUUACAGGAUUUUACCGGAGUGCCAGCCGUGGUCGACCUUGCUUGUAUGCGUGAUGCUAUGCACAAGCUUGGCAGUGAUACAAGCAAGAUUAAUCCUCUGGUUCCUGUAGAUCUUGUUAUCGAUCAUUCGGUUCAAGUUGAUGUAACAAGAUCAGAAAAUGCUGUGCAAGCAAAUAUGGAGCUUGAGUUUCAGCGAAACAAGGAAAGAUUUUCAUUCCUUAAAUGGGGAUCUUCUGCCUUCCGUAACAUGCUUGUUGUUCCUCCUGGUUCUGGUAUCGUGCAUCAGGUUAAUCUUGAAUAUCUUGGUCGGCUUGUGUUCAACACCGAUGGCAUUCUCUACCCUGAUAGUGUGGUUGGAACUGAUUCUCAUACAACCAUGAUAGAUGGGCUCGGAGUAGCUGGCUGGGGAGUAGGAGGUAUUGAAGCUGAGGCAGCCAUGCUUGGUCAGCCGAUGAGCAUGGUUUUGCCUGGUGUUGUUGGAUUCCAGUUAUCUGGAAAACUAAGAAAUGGUGUGACAGCUACUGACUUGGUUCUGACUGUGACACAAAUGCUGAGGAAACAUGGUGUUGUUGGCAAAUUUGUUGAGUUUUAUGGGGAUGGUAUGGGUGAACUAUCAUUGGCUGACAGAGCUACCAUUGCUAAUAUGUCUCCUGAGUACGGUGCAACCAUGGGAUUCUUCCCUGUUGAUCACGUCACUCUGCAAUAUCUCAAAUUGACUGGCAGAAGUGAUGAAACGGUGGCAAUGAUAGAAUCAUAUCUCCGUGCAAAUAAUAUGUUUGUUGACUAUGACGAGCCCCAACAAAAAAGAGUUUACUCUUCAUAUCUUGAACUAAACCUUGCGGAAGUUGAACCCUGUAUUUCGGGACCUAAGAGACCUCAUGAUCGAGUUCCUUUGAGAGAAAUGAAGGCUGAUUGGAAUUCGUGUCUUAAUAAUAAAGUUGGUUUCAAGGGCUUUGCCGUGCCAAAAGAGGCACAGGGCAAAGUAGCAAAAUUUUCAUUCCACGGGCAGCCAGCAGAGCUUAAACAUGGUAGUGUGGUGAUUGCUGCAAUUACAAGCUGCACCAAUACAUCAAACCCUAGUGUCAUGCUUGGGGCAGGUCUUGUUGCAAAGAAGGCUUGUGAACUUGGUUUACAGGUCAAACCUUGGAUAAAGACAAGCCUUGCACCAGGUUCAGGAGUUGUUACAAAAUAUUUACUUCAGAGUGGGCUGCAAGAAUAUCUGAAUAAGCAGGGAUUUCAUAUUGUUGGAUAUGGCUGCACAACAUGUAUUGGAAAUUCAGGGGACUUAGAUGAAUCAGUUGCCUCUGCUAUUUCAGAAAAUGACAUUAUAGCAGCUGCUGUGCUUUCUGGGAACCGCAAUUUUGAGGGUCGUGUUCAUGCCUUAACAAGGGCCAACUACCUUGCUUCACCUCCUUUAGUGGUUGCUUAUGCCCUCGCUGGCACGGUUGAUAUUGACUUCGAUAAGGAGCCAAUCGGAACAGGGAAGGAUGGUAAGAGUGUAUAUUUUAACGACAUCUGGCCAUCUACUGAAGAAGUUGCAGAGGCUGUUCAAUCCAGUGUCUUGCCGAAUAUGUUCAAAAGUACUUAUGAGGCUAUUACAAAGGGAAAUCCCAUGUGGAAUCAGCUAUCAGUGCCUUCUUCCACCAUGUACUCAUGGGACCCCAAGUCGACUUACAUUCAUGAGCCUCCAUACUUCAAGAACAUGACUAUGGAGCCACCUGGUGCCCAUGGUGUAAAGGAUGCCUACUGCUUACUGAACUUUGGUGACAGCAUCACAACAGAUCACAUUUCGCCAGCAGGAAGCAUCCAUAAGGACAGUCCUGCUGCAAAAUUCUUACUUGACCGUGGGGUGGAGCGCAAGGACUUCAAUUCAUAUGGAAGUCGUCGUGGUAACGAUGAAGUGAUGGCUCGGGGAACUUUUGCUAACAUUCGCCUUGUGAAUAAGCUGUUGAAUGGGGAAGUUGGACCUAAGACAAUACAUGUCCCCACAGGAGAGAAACUAUAUGUAUUUGAUGCAGCAAUGAGGUAUAAAGAUGCAGGACACGACACCAUUGUUUUGGCUGGAGCUGAGUAUGGAAGUGGUAGCUCCCGAGAUUGGGCUGCCAAAGGCCCAAUGCUAUUGGGAGUAAAAGCGGUAAUUGCAAAAAGUUUUGAGAGAAUCCAUCGCAGUAAUUUGGUAGGAAUGGGAAUCAUUCCACUUUGUUUCAAGUCUGGUGAGGACGCGGACACACUAGGUUUAACAGGUCACGAGCGUUAUACCAUUGAUCUCCCACGCAAAAUAGAUGAAAUACGACCUGGCCAAGAUGUGACUGUCACAACUGACAAUGGGAAGUCUUUCACCUGCACUGUCCGCUUCGACACUGAGGUUGAAUUGGCAUACUUCAACAAUGGUGGUAUACUUCCAUAUGUUAUCAGAAACUUGAUUAGGCAGUAAAUCCAUGGGUUGGGAGCCUGCCCUUCCAAGAUUUCCAUCAAAUGUAGAAUGUGAGAUGCAAAUAAAAAUAAAGGCUAUCAAAUAACCGAAAAUUUCCCAUUACGGGGACUUGGUAGUUUCCCCCUUCAAUUUAGUUUUGCAGACAGGCUUUGUCUGCUAGUGAAGAACCAAGAUUAUUAUUUUGAGAAAUGCAGUCAAUUUUUUCCAUCGGCA